AUGGGGGACCCUGCAAAAGCAUUGGAGGCCUUCGAGAUGCAGCAGGCACUGCGUGAUCUGGAGACAGUGCUUGCAGAAGCUCACGAGGACGGCAGUGGUAUUGCAGGGUGGGAAGCAGCAUGGAAGGCUCUGGAGGUGCUAGAGGCUACAUUGCAAACAGAAAUGCGAUACAUCUACGGGCCAGAUUGGGAGAUCAAGCCCGGAAAGCUUGUCUCAAGGAAAGGUACUUGGUUGAAGUCGACUGCUCGGUUCUCAUGGGAGCUUUCAGAGGGAAAGGGGGAGAAGAUGUACUUGCCAUGUGGUGUGGCUAUGCCAAUCCUUCAAAUCGGAAGGGUCACUGAUCCGGAGGAGUUGAAGCUGCAUGAUUGGGUUUGUCAGCACUUGAGAGUAUGGAUGAAGCCUGACAUUGUCAGAACAGUCCAGGCGAGGCAUGGCAUUUGGUUUGUCUAUUGGCAUCACUUCGAGGACCGUGGCCUGACCAUUAUCCCUAUGGAGGAUACAUGGUUAAAGCGGAGCUGCCAGAUGAGCGGCGAGCUGCAACCCUUUGAGCUCAUCUACGUGCCUCGAGGUGUUCCAAUCUACCUCUCCAAACGAGCUGAAAUCGUUGACGAGGAGUGGGAGCGAGCUCGGCAUCAGCAUGUCCAUUUGCACCGCAAGGUGAUGUUGGCAUCUCCUCCAGUCACCGUCAAGCAGGAGCAACAUGAGAUUUUGGUCAGGCAACGUGAUAGCCCCCUGCCAGUGAAGCUGCUUCAGCCAUGA